UACUCUAACAUUAACUUAGUUUUGUUGUUUGUCAGAUCAUGAUGUUAACACCGGUUAGAUGGCAGCUAAGGUAAGUAGGAUGGACAGGUUAAUGGGUGUAUGUAGUGCGGGAUGGUGGUAGGGUUGUAGGGUAGUUAAGCCAGGUAUUCUUAGCCACACACAGCUUGACACUUAAGGUGGAUAUUCUACAAGAACAACCUGCAGAAAUCACAUCAACGUUUUCUUUUGUUUAUAUGCAUAGCCUCCUGCAACAAUCAUUUUAGUACAUACACACACUAUAAAUAUCUGUCUGUCUGUCUACUUACCUCCUGCCCUUCUGCACUUUUCACACACACACACACACACACACACACACACACACACACACACACACACACACACACACACACACACACACACACACACACACACACACACACACACACACACACACACACACAUACAAACACACACACACACUCCUACACAUAUGCGCACACACAUAGGCAUACAAAUAUAUAUACAGUAUAUACAUAUAUAUAUAAAUACAAACAUACAUUUAUACACACACACACACACACACACACGCACAUAUAUACGCAUACAUACAACACACACAUCUCUCCCUUUCACUCUCUCUCCCUUUCACUCUCUCUCCCUCUCUCUCCCUCUCUCGCUCUCUCUCUCUUUCUCCUCCUUUGUGUAUAUAUACAAAACCAGAGGAAAUUGUCACGCAUACAAUAACCGACCUAUAUUAUUCUUGAUGUGACGAAAGAAAUCAAUCUCAUUACAAUGGGACCCUAAACAAUUCUCCAUUAAUUCGUGUACUUCAUCUCUUCAGUGUACUCUACCUAUUCGCCUCCUUCCCCUCUGCUCUUCCCCCCCCUCUCUCUCUCCCUCUCUUUCGGUCUACUAUAAAAGAAGCAGUUGGACAGUGAGCAAGGACUUUCUAACAACACCGGUGACAACACUAUACCAGUGACUGCAACUGAGCCCACGCUCCACGGCUGUACAGUGGAAAUCAAGAUCGGCGCACGAACCCACGCUAAUCACAGUGGAGACCAUGAACCGACAUAGCUAGUCUAACGGAAUCACAAAUAGAAAUUUCUUCUUUCGUAUGAUGACAACACCCUUUCCGUAUGUUUACAUAUAAGAACGUCAAUGUGAAGCAGAGAAAAAUAGUUGUAAGAUUCCUGAAGUCAUGGGCUCUACUAUGGAAGUUGGAAAAUAUGCUACAUGUCGCUAUCACUGGAAGAAAUCUCUACUUUUUAAUGUCGCCGACAAAGUUUUACUCUUUGUUAAUUACGGACCGGCCGAUGGCGGACUGACCAAAGUCGAACUGUUGUUAAAGAAAUCUCACUACUAUAGCGGCGAACUUCGGGUACCAUGUGGAGAACAUUCCGGAAUUCUUCGAGUUUCUCAGGUCGAUUACCAACUGGAGUCUAUCCAAGUGAAGAAUUAUAUGUUUGAGAUUGACCUUUACAUCAAAGAUGAACCUUCCAAUGAAUUUUCUUCAUCUCCGGUUUCGCGAUCAAUAAAUAUCAAAGGAAUUUCUCCUGACAUCAACUUACAAGAUCAACGUAUUAAAUCAGAUUUAAGGUUUCAAAAAAUGUCAUCCACACAAAAGGAACGUGCCCAAACACCUGACUCGACGCUGACAACAGAGCAGGAGUUGACUUCAAGUAUUAAUGAAAACAAGCCAUCUCUUUCAUUAGAUAAACAAGAUGGUUCAGAAGACAACAUUGGGAUUUUUAUCAACGAUGAUUCAUCUUUUGAAGGACGAACCACUUCGAAAUGUAUUGUAAGUGACGUUCUCGAAACUAAAACACCUCUUCAACAAACAGUGCGGACCAGUCAUCCGAAAGAAACGAAUGCAAAUCCAGAUUUGUUCUCGGAACAAAUUUCUUGUAAUUUUGAGUCAUUGAACAAUUCAGAUCUUCUGAACAUGGAUCCUGAGACAAAUUGUGAAAACAGCGGUUAUGUUGAUAAAGCUCCAUACCUCAAUACGUCGCCAUUACUUUCUACGAAUAAACUACGACCAGACGACAUCGAACCUUCUUGCAGCUUCUAUAGCAGUAACUCAGAGUCACUUUCUCGGACGCAAAAUGAUUCACUGAAUCUAAUUUCGGCACUUGACUGGAAAGAUUCCUUGCUUUCUGCACACCAAACUACACAAAAUACGAUGACCAACGAGACUCAUUCAAUAUGUUCCGACAGUAAAAAUUUGUUAAAUUCUGAAGAAACUUCUGUUUGCGAAAUACCUGCCAUGACUCAGCAGGAUGCCACGGACACCAAAUGCAAUAUCAGCAGUGAUUUAGUGCCUCUGACAACACCUGCAGUGUCUCCUAUUCCUGUUGGUCAUAAUCUGCUACAACACCAGCAGGAACAGCAACUUUUACUGCCUUUGCUACAACAGCAGCAGCAGCAUCAACCACUACAACCGCAACAGCAUCAGCAAGAACAGCAACAGCCACAACCUCUACAGCCAGAACAACAGGAACAACAGCUGUUAUUACAGCAACAGCAACAACCACAGAACCAGCAAUUUCAAAAUCCCCAACAACAACAACAACAACAGCAACAGCAACAUCAGCAACAGCAACAACAACUGCAGCAACAACUCUUACAACAACAACUACAUGUGCAACAAGGGCCUGUACCAUGUAUAUCAAAUGGUUCUGACAUUCUUCCCGCGUUUGCAAGGAAAAUAUAUUCAUCGGGCAACGAGGUUUUCACUUUCUGGGAUAGCCUUGUGAAACACCUAAAAGAAGAAAAACAAAGUCUUCAAGAUGAAGUUAUGAGACUCAAGGAAGAGCUGUUCCGCUACCGCCACCUAGUAGCCAAUAGUCAAAACAGCUCUAUCAAUUCGGACGCCUUUUCUAUUUGUUCUUCAUUUCACGGUGACAAUUUAGUCCUUCAUAAGCAGAUCGCCGAACUUCAGCAACAAGUGAUCCAAUUGCAAGAAACUAAUCUAGUCACCUCCGGCCAACUGACAAAAGCUCUACGAGAAAUCAACAGUUUUCAGACACAAACGCAUAAGAUAACAGAUCUGGAGAGAGUACAAGAUGCAAGAGGUCAUCUUGAGCAGAUUGAUAGCAAACUGGAGAUCUGCGCGUCUAGCCCAGUAUUUACUUCUUCCAAUGAAGGGGACGUGUAUCCGUGGAAUGGCAACCAAAGCAACCAAGAUUCCAAUGAAAAUACAGGGUGUGAGGAGACGCUUAAAACUAAUGAAAAUAAUAAGUCACUCGCCACAGGCAAUAUAGAAGUCAAAGAUUGCGUGUUUCCACAGACUAACAACCGGCAUUUAAGUGCAGAAUCGAAAGAAAUGCAGAAUAUUCCUGGAGGAAAAUCUCAGCUUGAAAAUAAUCAUUCUGGUCCAGACUGCAAAUCUGCAUCUGAACUUUGGACCAAAGACAAAGCACAACUUACUGAGAUGGGAAUAGAUAAUGUGAAUUUGAGAUCAUCUUCUCUGACCUCAUCGAAAAGUGGCAAGAGAAGUGAGAAAAUGCACAGGGAAGAUGCUGUCAAUAGAAAAAAAGAAGCUCAACAUCGUGAAUUCAACAAUAUUGAGUUGGUUAACAACUCAUUGAUUACAGAUGUCCACAGUUUUCCACCUUCGAGACAGACACGCUGGGACCAGUACAACCAAGUCAGACUGAAUGAAACUUCCAUUCGAAAACUGCAGAAAUCCCUGGAUGCUCAAGACGACAUGCACCAAAGCUUCCUGGAACAUUAUAAGCCGAAUAGUAAUUUCCAUGCCAGUCUCUCACACACCAACGAUCAACAGAAGUCGUCAAGAAAUAGAUUCAAACGUGGGGUUACUCCUGCAAGAACUAAUGGUCAGUUCGUUCAUUCAGCAACAAGUGAUUCCACAUCCUGUUUGCUAGCAGCUUCCAUAUUUCCAAUCGUAACAACUUCCGGCGAUUCGCACUCACCAGCAGAUCCCUGUGAUGAUGUCCCUGACUUCAGUGAUACAGCCACAGACGUUCUUUUGAAUACAACCCCAACUGAACGGAACACCAUGUCAUCCUUGUAUUCGCCGCCACUGGCUUUAUCCCUGUCGCCUACAGUUAAAGAGGACUUUGCCAACAGAUUCUAUCAUCAGUUGUCUCUUGAUUCAGUAAAUUCCAGUUGUCAAAGCGUCAGCAACACUGAUGCCGGCAGCCAACGUCGAUCAUCGAGGAAGAGGUCGCAAUCAGCAGAGCCGAGAGUGAAGAAUACAGCUGUUUCCGAUACGCUUCAAGUAGAUUCCAUUGUGACAGAGGACAGAACUGCCAGGCUGCACUCAUCUCACCCCACGCAACUCAACUACAUGAAUAGGCUUAAAAAAGUGCAAGAAAAACCAACGAACAGGAAGUUUAUAACCGGAAGUGAAUCUAGCAAACGGCAAUGGUCAUUGACCCAAGGGAAAAGACCUUAUGUUCCUCAAUCACCAGACGACAUUCAUUUGGGAGAUAUUGUGAAAUUCUCCAAAUAUGGCGGCAAAAUAUCACAAGGGAUUGUGAAGUUUGUUGGCCCACUCUCUGGUCGCUCGGAUACCUAUAUAGGGAUUGAACUACACCAAGACGAUGGUAAACAUGAUGGUGUGUUUGAAGGAAAUAGAUAUUUCAAAUGUAAACCCAACAAAGGUGUAUUUGUGACAUACAACAAAAUUGUUAUGGCUUGGGUGCCGUGCUAACCGUGAAAACUUCUAGGAUGCAGAACCUGUUUAUAUCAUCAUGCGACCUUUGGAAGAAUUAUCGUGCCAAACCGGAAAAUUGAAAGUAUUUCCUACAUCGAUCUAAUUGUUCUAACUUGUAGAUUCGGUCAUAAUCGAGCAAAAAUAGACACAUGAUCAGUAUCGACUAAUAAAUAGUGUCAGCCUGUAAUGAGUAUGAAGCUAAGAAUGAUAUGAACUUAUGAUCAGAACCAGUGUACUAUAACUAGUGUGGAUUUAUGAUUGAGUUAAUCAGUGUGAAAUUAUCAAUCGGAGUGAAUAGUAGGACCAGUAUUUACAUACCUAUGACCAAUGUUGUCUUAUGACGACUGUGGAUUUAUGACUAGUAUUAAGCCGUGUUCAGUGUGAAUUUUUACUUUCUGCGUCAGUAUAAAUCUUGAACCUGUGUUGACUUAUUACCAGUACUAACUUAUGACUAGUGUUAAUCAGAGAAAACGAUGAUCAAUAUUAACGUAUGACAAGGAUUAAUACAAGCUAUGAUUAUUAUGAACCUCUGACCAAUAUGGACCAAUGAUUUAUGACUAGUAUCAAUCAUUGUGAAAUUGUGAUUAAUGCGAAGUUACGGCAAGGAACAAUGUCUACUUACGACCAAUGUGAACCCAUGAUUAAUGUACAGCUAUGAUAAAUAUGAAAUACAAAAGUAUUCUGAAUGUAGCUGUUCGUGUUGAUAUGUCCUAAUUAACAUCAUUACAUUUUAAAAGUCUAAUUGACUUUAUACCUAAGCGAAAUAGUUCAAAUCUUCAAAGGAGGGGAUGCUGUGACGUUUAUGCAACAUUCAGCAGAAUUGAAUUAAGGGUGCUGGCUAAGUAAAAUGGCUGCUAUCUACGAUCAAAGCAUCUGGUUUCAUCCCCCUUGGUUAUGACUUCAAAUGGCUGCAGGAAGCAAUAUUAUUUUUCAUUUCUUUGGGGAUCAUUAAUUUAUGUACCAAUAAUACACUGGUGUCCAUUCAAUAAAUUAUUCCGUCUGUUUAGAAAUACUGUGCAUAUAAGAAACCAAUUUG